UUUCAAAUUAAGCGCUUUAAAGGAUCAGAUGAGGAUAUACGAUUUUGGACUGGAUUUUAUUCGUACGAAAGCUUUAAGCUAUUCUGGACUCACUUUGUUGAAAAGAACAGCCAGAAUAUCCGCUGCUGGGGAGUUGACAAUGCCAAAACUCAGGAUUCUGACUUAUGUGGUCCCAAGAGGAAACUUCUUCCUAUUGAUGAGUUGUUCAUGGUCCUGUUGAAACUGAAAAGGGGAAGUGCGAUCAAGGACAUUGCUGAAAGAUUUGGUAUUCAUGAAACUCAUGUAUCAAGAAUAUUCAUUACAUGGAUAAAUAUUCUGCACAAAAUCUUGUCAGCUGUUGACAUA